CCAACACCAACACCAACACCAUCCCUAUCCUCAAAGGAGCCCGCAGUCAUCUCUGUAUCCUAAAGAGUCUCGAAGCUCUUCGUCUUGGUAGCUUGUGGCUCAGGAUGGCCACCACCAGUGCCAGUGGCGGCCUCAACUCCAAGGUGAAGCGCUUCGGCAACCCGCCCGCGUACCUCGAUGGUCGCCCGCACUUCCUCGACGCCUCCUACCAGCAGGUACUCCGCUUCGGCCAGCGUCCCGGCGGGUCCAAUGACAGGGAGCAGAGGAGCGCUAGUGUAGAGGAUGAGAUCACACCUGAUGGAGAGCGGCAGACAGGCGGUAGCAAUGGAGAUGGAGCACAAACAGAAGCAGGCCCUUCCACUGCACGCUCCUCCUUGCCUCGCACCUCCUUCGAAGAGGAAGAAGGCGACGAAGAGGACGGCGAUGUCGAAGGCAGCCGGUCCCAUCCCACUACCGAUUCCGAAUGGGAAUACGAAGAUCUCCCUCCCGAAUUGGUCAUCUUCGAUCUCGGCCCAGAGGCGGCCAAGCUCCUCCAGUCUAAACGACAGUGGGCUUCUACGGGACUAGAGACGGGCAACCCCUUUUUGAAGGUGGGCAAUGUGGUAUUCAAGGGUACUUGGGAGGAGAGUCUGACUACAGGAGUGAUAUUGAAAGAUGAGCUUGGUGAGUGGAAGAUGCUCAGCAGUGUCACUUUCCCUCGACUUUGACGCAAUAACUUGACCAGGCACGCUGAACCACCCUGCGUCUUCCAUCUCCAACCCCUCUCUCUGCCUCAGAUCGCACCCGUCCCUUCCCACAUCAACACCACCCCUCUCCCCUACCCCAACCUCUACCAAGCACAACGCACAACCGCAUCAAAUUCCGCCCUGCCGUGAAUCUCGACGUGGGCGAAGCGGCAGCCACACAGCGCUCGCGAAAGGUGCGCUCGAAGCUCCUGGCGUCGAGACGGAUGCGUCCGCAGACGCAAGGAGGUUCGGUAGCCCCAGAGACAUCAACAUCAAGAGCACGCGAGUCGCAUUCAGCAAGCGUGGAAGGAGGUGAGGCCGAGCCUCCCGCUACAGGGGACAUCGACAUCGACAUAGAUCCGGAAGGCGACUCUCCUUCUACCAAUCCUCUCACCCUCUCCU